GCUCUCAUUCUAGUUCCGGUCUCUAUGGCGGCGGAGGCCGGAGAAGCUGUGGGUCGGGCGAAUUAGUCGCUAAAGGUACCAAUGAGAGCACAGGAGCCGCGCAGCGUGAGCCAAUAGGUGCUAGAGACCCGGUCAGGUGGUGAGAUGGACAACGAUGCAGGCCAAUGGGAGAGGACGAGGGCGGGUCUACCGCGGGGCUUAUCCCGCCCGUCCCGCCAUUCUCGCUAGUUCGAUCGGUAGCGGGAGCGGAGAGCGGACCCCAGAGAGCCCUGAGAGCCCCACCGCCGCCGCCGGCCUAGUCACCAUCACACCCGGGAGGAGCCGCAGCCGUCGCCGCCGGCCCCAGUCACCAUCACCGCAACCAUGAGCAGCGAGGCCGAGACCCAGCAGCCGCCCGCCGCCCCCGCCGCCGCCCUCAGCGCCGCCGACACCAAGCCCGGCUCCACGGGCAGCGGCGCGGGUAGUGGCGGCCCGGGCGGCCUCACAUCGGCGGCGCCCGCCGGCGGGGACAAGAAGGUCAUCGCAACGAAGGUUUUGGGAACAGUAAAAUGGUUCAAUGUAAGGAACGGAUACGGUUUCAUCAACAGGAAUGACACCAAGGAAGACGUAUUUGUACACCAGACUGCCAUAAAGAAGAAUAACCCCAGGAAGUACCUUCGCAGUGUAGGAGAUGGAGAGACUGUGGAGUUUGAUGUUGUUGAAGGAGAAAAGGGUGCGGAGGCAGCAAAUGUUACAGGCCCUGGUGGAGUUCCAGUUCAAGGCAGUAAAUACGCAGCAGACCGUAACCAUUAUAGACGCUAUCCACGUCGUAGGGGUCCUCCACGCAAUUACCAGCAAAAUUACCAGAAUAGUGAGAGUGGGGAAAAGAAUGAAGGAUCGGAAAGCGCUCCUGAAGGCCAGGCCCAACAACGCCGGCCCUAUCGCAGGCGAAGGUUCCCACCUUACUACAUGCGGAGACCCUAUGCGCGUCGACCACAGUAUUCCAACCCCCCUGUGCAAGGAGAAGUGAUGGAGGGUGCUGACAACCAGGGUGCAGGAGAGCAAGGUAGACCAGUGAGACAGAAUAUGUAUCGGGGUUACAGACCACGAUUCCGCAGUGUUCAUUUCAGGGGCCCUCCUCGCCAAAGACAGCCUAGAGAGGAUGGCAAUGAAGAGGACAAAGAAAAUCAAGGAGAUGAGACCCAAGGUCAGCAGCCACCUCAACGUCGGUAUCGCCGCAACUUCAAUUACCGACGCAGACGCCCAGAGAACCCUAAACCACAAGAUGGCAAAGAGACAAAAGCAGCCGAUCCACCAGCUGAGAAUUCGUCCGCUCCCGAGGCUGAGCAGGGCGGGGCUGAGUAAAUGCCGGCUUACCAUCUCUACCAUCAUCCGGUUUGGUCAUCCAACAAGAAGAAAUGAAUAUGAAAUUCCAGCAAUAAGAAAUGAACAAAGAUUGGAGCUGAAGACCUUAAGUGCUUGCUUUUUGCCCGUUGACCAGAUCCACUAGAACUGUCUGCAUUAUCUAUGCAGCAUGGGGUUUUUAUUAUUUUUACCUAAAGAUGUCUCUUUUUGGUAAUGACAAACGUGUUUUUUAAGAGAAAAAAAAGGCCUGGUUUUUCUCAAUAUACUUUUAACGGUUUUUAAAUUGUUUCAUAUCUGGUCAAGUUGAGAUUUUUAAGAACUUCAUUUUUAAUUUGUAAUAAAGUUUACAACUUGAUUUUUUCAAAAAAGUCAACAAACUGCAAGCACCUGUUAAUAAAGGUCUUAAAUAAUA